UNUGCUGGCACAAGUCGAGGUUUUCGUAUAUAUAACUGUGAUCCCUUCAAGGAGACUUUCAGACGUGAUAUCAAAAGUGGAGGCUUUGGGAUUGUUGAAAUGCUAUUCCGUUGCAAUAUUUUAGCACUCGUUGGUGCUAGAACCAAUACUCAAUAUCCUCCAAACAAAGUUAUUAUUUGGGAUGAUCAUCAGAGCAGGUGCAUUGGUGAGUUUUCAUUUAGAUCUGAGGUUCGUGCUGUGAAACUACGACGGGAUCGCGUUGUUGUUGUUCUUGAAUACAAGAUAUAUGUCUACAAUUUUAUGGACCUAAAGCUUCUUCAUCAGAUAGAGACUUUGGAGAAUCCUAGGGGACUUUGCUGCCUGUCACACUACUCAAAUACAUCAGUAUUGGCUUGUCCAGGCCUUCGACGAGGACAAGUUCGUGUUGAGCAUUUUGGCCUGAACAUGACAAAAUUAAUCAAGGCUCAUGAUUCUCAGAUAGCAUGCUUAACCUUGACAAUGGAUGGGCUUCUUCUUGCCACGGCUAGCACCAAGGGCACUUUGAUAAGAAUUUUCAAUACAAUGGAUGGGACUCAGUUGCAAGAGGUACGCAGAGGUGUAGACAAAGCCGAUAUCUACAGUAUAGCACUAUCACCAAAUGUUCAGUGGUUGUCGGUUUCUAGUGACAAAGGUACUAUUCAUGUAUACAGCCUAAGAGUGCGAAUUGUUGGGGAGGAUGUUGCGACUGAUAGCAGCACUGUUGGAAAUCAAGCGCUGUUGUAUCAACAGCAUUCAUCAACUUCACUUGAUGCUCUUAUUUCUCCAAGCACCGGUGCCAACCCUGGCUCGUCAUUGUCAUUCAUGAGAGGGGUUUUACCAAGGUAUUUUAGCUCGGAGUGGUCAUUUGCUCAGUUUCACUUGCCAGAGUGUACCCAAUUCAUCGCUGCAUUUGGUUCUCAGAACACUGUUAUUAUCGCUGGCAUGGACGGGAGUUUCUACAGGUGUAGCUUUGACCCUGUGAAUGGAGGGGCUAUGGCGCAGCAAGAAUAUGUUUGCUUUCUGAAAACAGAGAGUAGACCUAGAUAGUGCCCAACUUCAGUUAUAUGGAAAUAUGCUUAUUAUAUCCUUCCUCUGUAAAUACAUCAUUGCCUAUUACUUUGGAUGUAGAAAAAGAAAAAAAAGAUGUUAUUGGCUGCUGAUAUACUUUAAUAAGUGUACAUAAUUCUUUCAGUUUUUCAAAGAUCCCAAGUUCCUCUUAAAUGUAAAUAGUUUCUUGGGUGCAUGCCUUUAUCACUGAGUAAUCAUAAAAUAAGAAUUGACUUUCA